AUGGCGGUUCAACUGGAGGAAGACAAUCCGGAUGUCUGCCUGGCGUCUUUCAAAAAUGGCCUCAGGGCGGGGGAUUUGAACCGAGAUUUGACUAGACGACCGGCGAAGGACAUGUUGGAUCUUCGUGCCCGCGUUCAGGAAUUCAUUUUGAUUGAGCAAGACGAUCAAAAGAAACAAGAAAGGGAAGAGGGGAGAAAACACGUCCAGCCUGGCGGAGUUUUGCAGGAAAAGAACAAGACUGGAAAGGAUACACGGGUAGCUCAAACUCCACGUAUUCCAAGACCCGGCCCCUAUCAAAAUUCCAAGCCCGGGUUCCAGAAUACGUGGCAUAGAAAUCCCCAAGGUACCGCUGCAGCCCCGGCUGGCCAACAAGGACCCUCGCCAACUCCUGUCCCACUUACUAAAUUGAAUGCCCCUCUAAGCACUAUCUUAAAGGCAGUUGCACAGACAAAUGCGGUGCAAUAUCCGCCGCUUCCUAGGCGACCACCAGCCAAUGUGGAUACAAACCGAUGGUGUGAGUAUCACAAAACGUUGGGGCACACCACAGAUAAUUGUUGGAACUUGAGGCGGGAGAUUGAUAGGUUGAUCAAGGCUGGCCAUCUGGCGAAUUUUGUUAAAGAAGCAGCAACAUCAGAGGUCACUAAGGUAACUCAGGGGGACAGGGGCAAAGGAAAAGAGAUAGUGAAAGCCUUGAGCGAAUUGGAGGGAGGCGCGCCCUAG